GUGGAAGGUCCACAAUAAUUGGUAUUAAAUGCUUAUGGGGAUUCGCAUUUCGCCCUGUUGCUGAAUUCCGAGAUUUGCAGACAUCAAUUAUACAUAUAUCUAUGCCACAUUUAUAAAUUUCACCUAUAAAGAAUAAACCUUUUUUUUCUUGGUUUCUUGGAUCUUUGCCUUUGCCUAGCAAAGCUUUGCUUCCCCAGUUCCCAUUGGGUGAAGUCUCUCCAGAAGAAAAUGGAGAGAUUAAGCAAAGUAACAAACAAAAACAAAGAACCCCACACCCCCAAAAUAAACAAAUAAACAAGUAAUACGAAAAAAAAAAAAGUAGCAGUAAAACAGCAAUUGUAGCAGUAGUGAAGUUUUUAGAUUUUAGUGAGAAAGAAAAAGGCAUAACCAAUUAGGGCCUUGUCGGAAAGUUGCCCACAAAAAGUGAAGUUUGUUCGUGAAAAUAAUUUAGGUUCUAUGAUGAAUCAACACGACAUAUCUUUCCAAUCAGCUGCUAUUGACAGUAGUUCCGAGAUGAUUCCGAUGGGUGGUUACUUUGCACCUCCCCCCAUGAAUUUCUCUGGGAAUUCCAGUAUUUUUACUACCUCCCCUGCUUUAAUCGAACCUGGGAACUCUUCUGGCUCUUCCCUUAUUGACUCAGUCGCAGGGUUCACACAUGAUACAGGGUUGGCUGUCGAAUGGUCCGUUGACGAGCAGUACGUAUUGAAGGAGGGCCUUGAAAAAUAUAAAAAGGAACCAAAUAUUAUGAAGUACAUAAAGAUUGCGGCUACAUUGCCUGAUAAAACUGUACGUGAUGUUGCAUUGAGGAGUAGGUGGAUGCAAAGAAAGCGAAGGAAACCUGAAGAACUUAAUGCGGGUAAAAGGGUUAACAAUAGGAAGGAUAAGCUGGUGGAAUCAUCUUCAAAGAUGAAUAUGCCUUCAGAUUUGCCACAAAACACGGCUCCAUAUCCUCUCACAAUGCACCCUCUAGACCAGAAUGGGAGAAUACCUUCUGAAGGAAUAUUUGGUACAACUAUGCAUCUUCUGAAGCAAAAUUCUCAAGUACUUAGCCAAAUCACAUCCAACCUUUCUGCAUACAGGUUACAGGAUAACGUUGAUCUCUUUUGUCAUGCAAAGAACAAUAUUACCGCCAUGCUAAAAGACAUGAGAGAUAUGCCGGGUUUAAUGAGCCAUAUGCUGCCAUUGCCUGUGUCUGUUAGUGAGGAUUUAGCAAAUAGCAUGUUGUGUAGUGCAACUCAGGCAACGAUUCUCGGGAUCAAUCUCAAGCAGGAGCCAAGGUGCUGAUUGGGAAUUGUUGAGGUCGAGUUUCGAUGUAUCUGGCCGGUUAUCCGGUGCAAUUGCAACACAAGCCAUUGCAAUGUUCAAAAGAGCUUGAAGCUUCCCUUCGGAUGCUUCAUUACCCGAAUUAGGAUCAUCGCCAGACUCGGUUUCUUCUUCCCGGACUGAUUUUACCCAUCUAGGGAUGUCCGAACCGUGCUCCUGAACAAGGUCUUGGAAUGGAGUUUUGCCUGUUAAGAGCUCCAAAAGAAGAACACCGAAGCUGUAAACAUCAGCCGGUUGAGUCGAUGAUUUCCGGAUGUCCCGGCACUCAGGUGCCCUGUAGAAAAAUGUAGCAGCACCAGGUUCUUGGACUGAAUCUGGGUCUCGGAAUAUAGUGAGACCGUAAUCAGUGAGGCAAGAUUCAAAAUCAGGACCUAACAACACAUUAGAUGAUUUGAGAUUUCCAUGAGUUAAGCCUGGAUUUUGGUGAAUAUAAAGCAGUCCAGUAGCCAAGUCCUCGGCUAUUUUCAGACAUGAUGUCCAGUGAAGAGGCUUUCCACCACCACAAGUUCUUGUUCCUACAAGGUAAUCCAAAAACAAAACAAGCUUAUAUUAUGCCCAUGGAACAUAAACAACAUAUUUCCACCCAUUUAGAUGUUCGUAUAAAGUAGUAAUUCUCCAAAACAAUAGACAUAUUUAUUCAAUCUGGUUCUCUUA